AUGACGUACGGAGCCACUUUUGUUUGUUUGUUGUCCGGAAAGGAUGCCAUGAGAGUGCUGACCAUCGAUCUUCGGGGACGCGAGUAUCAAAAAUUCUCGAUCGAUCAUCGCAUUUACUUUGGGCCAGUGGACGAUGAAGAAGCACAACGCCUGGAUGCCCAGCAUCGAAUUUUCCAGGCACUUUUCGAUGACCGUUUGAUUUUCCCACCGGUCCGGCAGCUUCGAAGAGUGUUGGAUUGUGGGCAUGGUGCCGCUUCAUGGGCCGUGGAAGUGGCUGAUCAGAAUCCUCGUUGCGAGUUUAUCAAGGUAAUCGGUGUAGACAUUGCACCACAUAUGAGUCCGGAUGAUAUGCCUGAGAAUUUGUGGCUUCAGGUGGGUGGCAAACAUUCUAUCCGAAAGAUGUGCCGGAGACAAGCUGGAUCGCGAAUCGUUGACGAUCUCAACCGGGCUUUUACAUUCCCAUCGAACCAUUUCGACCUCGUGCACUCCCGACUUCUUGCGACCGGAAUCCAUCAUACCCGUUGGCCAUCAUAUGUCCGCGACAUCGUUAGGUGCGAAAGUCCCAAGGUGCUGACUCCUGGAGGAUGGGUCCAAAUGGUCGAGAUAUACUUCAACGUUCAGUCCGACAACGGCUCAAUUACCGAUAGCCAUGCCCUGAGACGAUGGAGUGCGCAGUACAUGCGCGCCCUUGAGGAUAGAAAAGACCUUCGGAUUGGGUCGAGGCUGCGAGGUCUUUUUGUUGAGGCUGGACUGGAAGAAGUCGACAUGAAAAUGAUUCCUCUUCCUCUCUCAGAGUGGUCGUCAGACGCGAAUAUGCGAUCGAUUGGGCAAUCCAACAGCCGGAACGUGAACGAGCUCCUUCGCUCAUUGGCGCUUUAUCCCAUGACACAAAGGUUGCAUAUGUCGAAGCAGAAUUUUGAUUCAUUGGUAGAGGAGGCGCAACAGGAGGCGAACGACAUUUCGUUAAAAGCCUACUUUCCAAUAGAUUCUCAACGCGAAGGCAUCAUAGAUAUGUUUGCAUUGGACGAAAACCGGCAUAGAAAUCGAGUUUGA